UGGCGUGUGCUGAUGGGUAGAACUUGCUGCUGUUCUGUGCAGUGCACUCGCUGUAAUUAGUUAACUGCUUUACGCUUUUUAUUCAUCAGAAUGAUCUCCAUCCUCGCUUCAGAGAGGGGGCAUGUGCCAGAAAGUCUGAAUUACGCCCAUAUCGGAAGAUCCUUCCUAGAGUUCAAAGGCAGCUGGCUGCAGAGAGAGCCAGGCCUUACCAUUUGCCUUCGUCGGCCUUAAGAGGAGUUGCGAGACCAAAGCCAGUAUCAAGAGCAAGAAAACCAGCCAAUUCAGGAUAUCUGGAUAUCAUAGCAACUUUCAUGAGUAAUGUGUUAUCCAGAAUUGGAGCAGCAUGGGCAGGAAAUGAGCAGAAAACCUUUUCCUCACGAUAUGAUAGUGCUAGAGUUGCAGAGCCACCAGCCGUACCUCGUCCUCUCCCUGAGGCAGAGUUGCGCAGUGCGGUUGUUGGGACACUGGUCACAAGAUUUUCACAAAAAUCUUCCAGGUUGCUGGGUUUGGUGGAUCGUCCUGUCCCUUCAUGUUCUGCAGCACAGGGUGGUAGCUGGCAGUCACCAUUGUUACAAAAGAAUUCUUCAAGAGCACCAGAGUUCAAUUUGCUACAGACUCCUCUUGUGGUUAAGAAAGCUGAAGUUUUGGCCACAUCUGCUUCUGGUUUUCCCGGCUUUACUCCUCAGUCUAUUCUCAGAUCCAGCGUUCGCAGCACACCCCAGGCAACUCCCUCUGCGUUUCCAGGAGAAUCAGUUACUCCUCCUCCCAGAGCAAACAAACACAGAGUGUCUUUCAAGGAAGGGAACUCAGAUGAGAAAUGGACUGUUGGGAAUGAUCGCCAUCCUCGCUUCAGAGAGGGGGCAUGUGCCAGAAAGUCUGAAUUACGCCCAUAUCGGAAGAUCCUUCCUAGAGUUCAAAGGCAGCUGGCUGCAGAGAGAGCCAGGCCUUACCAUUUGCCUUCGUCGGCCUUAAGAGGAGUUGCGAGACCAAAGCCAGUAUCAAGAGCAAGAAAACCAGCCAAUUCAGGAUAUCUGGAUAUCAUAGCAACUUUCAUGAGUAAUGUGUUAUCCAGAAUUGGAGCAGCAUGGGCAGGAAAUGAGCAGAAAACCUUUUCCUCACGAUAUGAUAGGUAACCAACGAUGAUAUAGCACUGCCUGGGGAUUCAUGGGAGCAUCAUCAUGGAAUGGCGGAGGAUGCAUCGUCUGAGACUAGAGAUAAGGCAACUGUGCUUACUCUGAGCAAUCCUGAGGAGGAUCGUGCUGAAGUGGAAGCGUUUUCAAAAAGCAUACCUGGAGAUGGUUUGGAGAAAAUGGAUGUCAGCAAAGAAAACAGCAACUUCUCUGCCCGUUCAGACCAAACUACUUUGGAGUAUCACGAUGCAAAAUCACCUGGCGGUUUUUCAUCUGUUCCCAUGUGCCGAAUCGCAAAUAGCUUAGCUGUUGAUUUCUGGUGGCGAAAAAACAAGCUACAGGCAGCAGCCAGCCCGUGUUUUCUCAUGAGUUGAUAGGCAGUGCUUUUCACCUCUUAGUCUAGGCCAAUCUGAAAAUACUAUGAAAUUGUAGACUCUCAAGUAAGAAGGUAGCAGUUUUUUCUUAUUUUGUUGGUACUUUUGUCUUCUGUGCAAAACUUGCAGGUUUCCAAUCCAGGAAUGCUUUUUUUUUUCUCGGCAAAGUAGUCCAGGUAACGAGUCUCUUGGAUGUGCUUGGAGAUAAAUGUUCUGUGGUUCCUGUUGAAUUCAAGCCGUUCCUAAAAUAAAAUGUGUUUUUCAAAGCCC